AUGCACUCUCGUCGGCCGACGGGAUUGGAGCAGAAAUCUACAAAAAAACACAAGUCCUUUGUCGCCACUCUCGUCGGCCGACGGGAUUGGAGCAGAAAUUUACAAAAAAAACAAAGCCCUUUGGCCACUCUCGUCGGCCGACGGGAUUGGAGCAGAAAUCUCCAAAAAAAUACAAGUCCUGUGUUGCCACUCUCGUCGGCCGACGGGAUUGGAGCAGAAAUUUACAAAAAAAACAAAGCCCUUUGGCCACUCUCGUCGGCCGACGGGAUUGGAGCAGAAAUCUCCAAAAAAGUACAAGUCCUGUGUUGCCACUCUCGUCGGCCGACGGGAUUGGAGUAG